AUGGAGAUGCAAAUGGGUGACUUUGACAGCGGCUCGGUGAAGGUGGCCGAGUGGCAGCAGACCAUGUACGGACUGGACUCCGGCAUCCAGUCCGGGGCCAACACCUACAGGGAGGACGAGGACUACAGCACCACCAAGCACUACACGGUGACCACCACCGUCACAUCCGACCACCCCGACUUGGAUGCCCAGUACUCGAUGACCAGAGCCCAGCGGGUGCGAGCCGCCAUGUUCCCGGAGACGCUGGAGGGGGGAACCACCAUCCUGUCCACUCAGACAGACCAGGGCCAGAUGACCAACGUCCAGCGGCUGGCCGAGCCCUCGCAGAUGCUGAAGACCGCCAUCAUCCACCUGAUCAACUACCAGGACGACGCCGAUCUGGCCACGCGGGCCGUGCCCGAGCUCACCAAGCUGCUCAACGACGAGGACCAGGUGGUGGUGAGCAAGGCGGCGCAGAUCGUCAACCAGCUGACGCGCAAAGAGGCGUCCCGCCACGCGCUGAUGCAGUCGCCCCAGAUGGUGGCGGCGGUUGUCCGGGUGAUGCAGAACACCAGCGACAUGGAGACGGCGCGGGCCACAGCCAGCAUCCUCCACAACCUGUCCCACCAGAGGGAGGGGCUGCUCGCCAUCUUCAAGUCGGGAGGGAUCCCCGCUCUCGUCCGCAUGCUCAGCUCCCCCAUUGAGUCGGUGCUCUUCUACGCCAUCACCACCAUCCACAACCUGCUGCUGCACCAGGAGGGAGCCAAGAUGGCCGUGCGCCUGGCCGACGGGGUCCACAAGAUGGUGCCCCUGCUGAAGAAGACCAACCCCAAAUUCCUGGCCAUCACCACAGACUGCAUGCAGCUGCUGGCCUACAACAACCAGGAGAGCAAGGAAUUACAACUACGAGAAGCUCCUGUGGACGACGAGCCGCGUGCUCAAAGUGCUCUCCGUGUGCCCCAGCAACAAACCCGCCAUUGUGGAGGCCGGUAUGACGGCCUGGACAGCCUGCUGCAGCUGCUGGUGGGCUACCUGCGGUCGGACGACCUGCACAUGCUGACCUGCGCCACGGGCAUCCUGUCCAACCUCACCUGCAACAACGCCCACAACAAGUCCCUGGUCACCCAGUCCAACGGCGUGGAGGCGCUGAUCCACACCAUCCUGCGCGCCGGCGUGAAGGAGGACGUGACGGAGCCGGCCGUGUGCGCCCUGAGGCACCUGACCUCCCGCCACCAGCAGGCCGAGCUGGCCCAGAACGCCGUCAGGAUCCACUACGGCAUCCCCGCCAUCGUCCAGCUGCUGAACCAGCCCUACCACUGGCCCGUCAUCAAGGCUGUGGUGGGCCUGAUCCGUAACCUGGCCCUGCUCCCAGAGAACCAGGCCCCCCUGAGAGACGCCGGAGUCAUCCCCCGCCUCGGCAACCUGCUCAUCAUCUCCCACAAGCAGGCCCAGAAACUGGACCCCUCCAACACCAACCAGCAGAACUUCCAGGAUGGAGGAGAUUGUGGAGGGCUGCACAGGAGCUCUGCACAUCCUGGCCAGAGAUCCCAUCAACAGAGCGGAGAUCGGCAACCUCGAGAUCAUUCCUCUGCUCGUCCAGCCACUUACGCUGCAGCUGUGCUCUUCCGCAUGUCCGAGGAUAAGAACCCGGAGUUCAAGAAGCGCAUGUCUGUGGAGCUCACCCACACCCUGUUCAAGCACGACCCCACUGCCUGGGAGAUGGUGAGUGUGUGGCGCCCCCUGCUGCCCGGAGGCAAAACACCACAAGUCCUUAACCGGGUUCUUCCCGUUUUGACUUUAGCGCCCGCAACGCCCCCCCCCAUGGACGGAGGAUACCCAGAUGAGUACAGAGCGGAGGAGGCGCUGAUGUGGAGUUCAGUGGGACAAAGAGGAGGCGUGUAUAAUUUACUGGAGACAGCUUUAUUUCCUCUGAGGUUUCGGCUGAAGUCUUUGGGCCUGGAGGUGUGUGAACACACACUUAAGACCAGAAAACUGACACAAUAA